GAAACGAAGGUAUGUACAUUCAUAAAAUAAAUGUGCAAGCUGGCGCCUAAAGUUUUUUUUCUAAGAUCUGGUAUUCAAUGCAGACGAGACAGGCUUAUUCUUUAAAUGUCUUCCAGAUAACACCUUAACUUUUAAAAACCAGAAAUGCCAUGGAGGAAAGCACAGUAAACAGAGAGUUACGUUGAUGAUUGCCGCAAACAUGGAUGGAUCAGAAAAAUUGAAAUUACUCUUGAUAGGUAAAAGUAAUCAACCCCGCUGUUUUAGAGGUGUUAAAUGGUUACCUCUCGACUAUAAAGCAAAUUCAAAGGCGUGGAUGACGGGAGCCUUUUUUGCAGAAUGGCUUCUUAACUUAGACAAACAAUUUGGAAAAGCCGGAAGAAAUAUUCUACUUUUUAUUGACAACUGCCCAGCCCAUCCUAAAGACAUCCAACAGAGAUUAAAGUUUAUUAAACUUGCAUUUUUCCCCCCGAAUAUGCCAUCAAAAUUACAACGACUCGAUCAAGGUGUCUUACAAAAUUUAAAAUGUCAUUAUCGUCGCAGAAUUUUAAAAAAUACUAUAAAAUGCUUUGAAGUAAACAAAAAUCUUAACAUUACAUUAAUGGACUGUGUUGAUGAAAUAACUAAUGCAUGGAAUAUCUAUGUUAAGCCUGAAACCAUCUAUAAUUGUUUUAGAAAAGACGGCUUCGGUCAAUAUUCUGAAUGGGAGGAAGAAGAUGGCAUUCCUUUGGUUUUCAUAAGCGAACGCAUAAAAGAAAGGAGUAAGGAAGAAAUUCAACUGCAGAAUGAAUAUGAAGCUUGGCAAAAUAUCAAAGAGUUUCCCACAGAUGAAGAUAUUGUGGAGCUAUUGGGAUCUAAAUCCGAAUUUGAGCAUGAUAGCGAAAGUGAUAUAGAAGAUGAUAUGCUGCAACCAGUUUCAAACGAGCUAUUAUAGUUGCAAAUUCGUUCAAGAUUUUGCGGUCAUAUUUAAAAACCAAUGAACAUACAACCGAUUCUCUGUACAAUGGUUUAAAUUAUAUUGAAGCUUUUUUUGAAGAUCAUAAUAAAAAAUCCUCUCGUCAAUCUCAAAUAACUGACUUUUUUUACUUUAAACGAA